AUGUAUGUACCCUACUAUGUUAUACCACUGUCAUUCGAGGAAGCCGUAUGCACUGGGCAAUGGAUCAUGGGGAGUGCCCCGCAGGGUGAAGGCCGGCGGCAUGAGCUUGGUUUCCCAGCUUGGCCAAGAACGGGAACCACCGGCGGCAACCGCAAGAGAGGCUCAAAACGCUGGGAGAAGAUAUUCUCCAUGUUACUGCGCGCCCGCAGAGAUGGCAUACGUGUCUUUAGCAAGUCCCGCCGCGACGCCGUAUACAGGCCACCUUCACCAUGGCCAAACGCACAACAACAAACAAGAGCCGGGCAUAGCGCUUCCCCAUACUUGACAGCAGCCGCCUCAAUUCGACCACGCGCCUGCGUCGCCGCGCAAUCAUCUUGCACUCGCACGCCCGUCUCGUCUUGCUUCCAGUCCCAACUGCGUGUCCUCCGCACACAGGCAGCCGCUACUACAGGCGCACACCACGUCGGCUGCGCUACCACCGCUCCGUUGCGCAACUGGUCUUCCACCGUCCAUCGCAUACGACACAGCUGCCCGCCCGUCAUGACCUCACACAUGCAGACGCGCUGCCAUGCCGGCCACUCGCAUGGCCAUCACCAUGAUAACACCUUUUUGCUCUCCAAGAACAAGAACGAUGCCGGUGUUCGCAUCACAAGAAUCGGCCUCUAUGUCAACUUGGGCAUGGCUGUCAGUAAAGGGGUUGGCGGUUACGUCUUCAACAGUCAGGCUCUCGUCGCCGACGCUAUUCACAGUCUCACCGAUCUCGUCAGUGACAUCAUGACGCUGGCGACGGUCGGUUGGUCACUCAAGUCGCCCUCGGCGCGUUUUCCCAGUGGAUAUGGAAAAGUUGAGAGCUUGGGCUCGCUGGGCGUCAGUGGCAUAUUGCUCACCGGCGGUUUCUUGAUGGGCUGGACGGCCCUGAUUGCUCUCUGCCAGCAAUUCUUCCCGGGCGCGGCAGAAAUAGCUUCUGAAUGGGGGCUCCUGCCACAUCACCACCAUCACCACCAUGGCGGGGAUAGCCUCGGCCCCAACAUCAACGCCGUAUGGCUUGCUGCAGGCUCUAUAGUCAUCAAGGAAUGGCUGUACCGAGCAACACUCAAAGUCGCCAAAGAACGAAAGUCGACUGUUCUCGCUGCCAAUGCCUACCACCAUCGUGUCGACUCGCUCACCGCAUUCGUCGCUCUUCUUCUCAUCGCCGGCUCCAACGUCCUCAAUAACGCGCAGUGGCUGGACCCUGUGGGUGGUCUCGUAAUCUCUCUUAUGGUAGUCCAGGCUGGCUGGGGCAACACCAAGAAUGCGCUGCUGGAAUUGGCCGACGUUGGUGUUGACAACGAGAUGCGCGAUAAGGUGCGAAAGGCUGCCACUACUGCGCUUGAGGGUCUCACGACUGUCUCGGAACCGAUCAAUGUACGCGCUAUUCAGGGAGUCAAGGCUGGCCAAAAUUACCUCAUGGAUGUCGAACUCGGUGUGCCAGGCACUUGGACGAUUGAGCAAGCACGAGAAGUCGAAAGUGUGCUUCGGGAACGUGUCGGUGCCAAUGUCAGGGGCGUGAAGAAGGUACGCGUACGCUUCGUAACCAAUUCGGCGAGGGAUCCAGACUUCUUGGAUGAGUUUAUUCCUGGCGAUGUUUCGGCAACCUCGACGCCAGUCUCAGAAGCUAAACAGGAUCAUGAUCAUGAUCAUGAUCACGACCAUGCCCACAAUCAUGCAGCCAAGCAUAGCGAGAUCACGGACGCCAGCGUAGGAGAGAAGAAAUGA